UCUUUUGGAAAGAAUAUGCGUGGCUGGCUCAUUAGCACCGGCCCCUUUAUUUCCAAACUCUAUAUAAUCUCUACCACUCCGUGCAUGCCAUCAUACCCUCAUCCUCAAAUCCAGUCUCAGAAUUUGCUUCUGUCGCUUUACUGCGAAGAGUACCACCACCAAGUCCGAGUACUGUCUCAGAGAAAGUAAUUAGUUUUCUUCUUUCUACUGUAUUAACCAUGCUAGAAGGAAAAGUAGUUAUUGGAGAGACUGAUAUGCUCCAAACCAUGCAGCAUGAUGCCCUUGAUCUAGCAAAAAAAGUGCUCGACUUUUUCGAUGUCACCGAGGCCACUGAGAUUGCCCGCUUCAUUAAAAAGGAAUUUGAUGGUGCAUACGGACCUGGGUGGCAAUGCAUUGUCGGGACAGAUUUUGGUUCGUUUGUCACCCAUUGCUCUGGCUGUUUCAUCUAUUUUUGCAUAGGCAUCCUUGCCAUUUUGCUCUUCAGGGGCUCUGCGGGUCCAGAAGUUGAGACAAGCCACUUUGCAGCCCUAGAGACAGUGAAAGCUUGAUUUUUUUAUUUCUUCUCCAUAUUACUCAUCUUCUCUAAUCCGGUCCAACUUGUUCGUAACUUCGUAGACCUGAAAGAUCUUUUUUUUUUUUUUUGGGCAAAAUCCUAAAUCCAUCCAUCAAUAUUAUCUUUAUUUUCGUAUUCCAAUCAUUUUUUGGUCCUGGAAUUCUGUACCUUCUCAGCCCAAGGCGCUGCCCCUGAAACUUGCAGCUGAUUACCAUUUUGAGAAACAUAUAGUUAUAUAACAGUUUCAUGAUCAGUGCAAGCACAUAGAUUAAUAUAGG